AUGCGACUUGAUGACAGAUACGUUCCGUACUUGCAGAUGGCAGGUCUAUACCAUCUUGCAAGGCUGAACGACCGAUGGUUCCGGCUAGAUGAGGCCCUUGUCAGUGCAUUCGUGGAGCGAUGGCGUCCCGAGACGCACACGUUUCAUAUGCCGUUCGGAGAGUGCACGAUCACAUUCCAGGACGUGGCAUACCAGCUGGGUUUGCCAGUGAACGGCCGUUACGUGAGCGGGUGCUUGUCAGAGUUCCAUAUAUACAUCGAGGGUGGCCGUCCAGCCUGGGUCUGGUUCCAGGAGUUGCUCGGAGUUAUGCCUCCUCCCAGUCAGGUUCAGAAGUACGCACUGUUUGCGGACAAGUCUGGGAACCGGAUUCACAUCAGAUGGCUUCCGUACGUAGCGAGGCUAAAGGAGCUGGGUACCUACAGCUGGGGUUCUGCCGCACUGGCUUGGUUGUACCGGUGCAUGUGCCGAGUGGCGAACAGACAUGUCGUCAAGUUAGCGGGCCCGCUUCAGCUACUUCAGUCUUGGAUCUUUUGGCGCUUUCCUCGGUUUAGGCCUGCAAGAUAUGAGGAGUUGAGCUGGCCGUUGGCCUCGAGAUGGUCAGGUUACAACCCUUCCGGAAGCGAGAAGGGUCCUAGAGGGUGCAGAUGUGGAGGCUCAGAAUAG